CUAAAGUUAUGUAGUUACAACGUUUCAAUGCUUAUUAUUAAAUUAACUAUUACGAUUUCUAUGCUGUCUUGAGAUACCUUUCCCGAGGUACAUGUUGGCGCGAAUCGGCAGAAAUAUAACCAUUAGGUAAGCUAGCUAUUUAGUUGAAAAUAUCCUAUCUGGCUCAGGCACUGCUUUGCCUAUUAGUUGAAAUUAGUAACGUUACAAAUUCAGAAACUGCUCAGAAAAGUAAACUAGAUAUCUGAAGACAUAUGACAAGGCGAUUCGUAGACUGCUACUCUAACUAAGUAUCUUCCAGGACGAGCUGCUAUGGGGAAGGAGAAGCUCCACAUAAACAUUGUGGUAAUAGGACAUGUCGACUCAGGCAAGUCCACCACCACCGGCCAUCUCAUCUACAAGUGUGGAGGCAUUGACAAGAGAACAAUUGAGAAAUUUGAGAAGGAAGCUGCGGAGAUGGGAAAGGGUUCCUUCAAAUAUGCCUGGGUUCUGGACAAGCUGAAGGCAGAGCGUGAGCGUGGCAUCACCAUUGAUAUCUCUCUUUGGAAGUUUGAGACCAGCAGGUACUACGUAACUAUCAUUGAUGCUCCAGGACACAGGGACUUCAUCAAGAACAUGAUCACCGGGACUUCUCAGGCCGACUGUGCUGUGCUGAUUGUGGCUGCAGGCGUGGGCGAGUUUGAAGCUGGCAUCUCUAAAAAUGGGCAGACUCGUGAACACGCCCUCCUUGCCUACACCCUGGGAGUGAAGCAACUCAUUGUGGGCAUCAACAAAAUGGAUUCAACUGAGCCCAACUACAGCCAGAAGCGCUAUGAGGAGAUUGUGAAGGAAGUAAGCGCUUACAUCAAGAAGAUCGGUUACAACCCUGACACUGUGGCCUUUGUGCCCAUCUCUGGCUGGAAUGGAGACAACAUGCUGGAACCUAGCCCUAAUAUGACCUGGUUCAAGGGCUGGAAGAUCAACCGUAAAGAUGGUAACGCCUCAGGCACCACGCUGCUAGAGGCUCUGGACGCUAUCCAGCCUCCAACGCGACCCACUGACAAGCCCCUCCGCCUGCCUCUGCAGGACGUCUACAAGAUUGGAGGCAUUGGUACUGUACCGGUGGGCCGAGUAGAGACUGGAAUCCUAAAACCUGGAAUGGUGGUGACCUUUGCUCCUGUCAACGUGACCACCGAGGUCAAGUCUGUGGAGAUGCACCACGAGGCCUUGACUGAGGCACUACCUGGCGACAAUGUAGGCUUCAAUGUCAAGAAUGUGUCUGUGAAGGAUAUUCGCCGUGGCAACGUGGCUGGAGACAGCAGGAGCGACCCACCACAGGAAGCAGCCAGCUUCACCUCUCAGGUGAUUAUCCUAAACCACCCAGGUCAGAUCAGUGCUGGCUAUGCCCCCGUGCUGGAUUGCCACACUGCACACAUCGCAUGCAAGUUCGCAGAGCUCAAGGAAAAGAUCGACCGUCGUUCUGGUAAGAAGCUCGAAGACAACCCCAAGUCCCUGAAGUCUGGAGAUGCUGCCAUUGUGGACAUGAUCCCUGGCAAGCCCAUGUGUGUAGAGAGCUUCUCUGAGUACCCACCACUGGGGAGGUUUGCAGUACGUGACAUGCGUCAGACGGUGGCGGUUGGAGUGAUUAAGGGGGUGGAAAAGAAAGCCCCCACAAGUGGUAAGAUCACCAAGUCUGCACAGAAGGCGCAGAAGGCCAAAUGAACGUUGUGCUGGGCUGCUGCCCCAAACGCUCACCAUGGCCGAAGACACAUUAGCACCCCGCCCCUCCUGCACACCAUAGUCAGUGUCUGGUCUAUUAUCACAAUGCAUCGCAAAAGCAGACGAAGGAAAAAAAUAACUCCCACACUGUUAGUGAAUAACAUGUUGGAACAGUGUUGGAUGUAGGUUUCAUUGUGACGCAGUUUGUGGCAGAACAACAAAUUUGUGUUACAGCUCUCUGGUUGUGUGCAGCCAAAAAACCAGUAAUAAGGCAGAUAUGUUCUUUUGCCAGGUCCUUGUUGACAUAAUGCUAUUCGUUCUAGCUUUAAGCGAUAUGCUUACUAGCCAAAGGUUGAUUGGCUGCUUGCAUGUUCCUGUUUGGACCUUAGAGAAACAAGCUUCAGAAACUCUUUGAUAGCUGAAAUCGUCAUGCCUAGCACUUUGCUUGACUUAAGCUCCUUGCAGUAGCUCUGUUAAAUGUUGCAGUUACUGUUAAGUUCGUGCACCUUAAUCACCGUUGUUUGUGAGCGUGUGUUGAUAAAAGUAAAGAUGUUUAAACAGUAUGUCUUUGUUCCUGGUGUCAUUGCUAAGUCCGCUUUACCUCCAU